AAAAAAAUCAACAAAAAUAAAGGGACCAAAGCGACAUGGGCCUUGAGUUACGUACGAGCUUUGAUUUGAUGAUGGCUCUGACAUGAAUGUUGCCCUCUCGAAUGGAUGAUUUUAUUUUUCUGGUUCUCUCUGCCUAUGCCUGAAUUCUGAUAUGAUACGUCGGGCUCAAGCAUGCUCGAUCAUCGUUAAGGAAUAGGCUUCUUCUCAAACCGAUCCUUGACCGACUGGACGGGGAGAGAGGAAAGCUAGUGUUUUAGAGGAUCUGCCCGCAGCCAGCAGGAAUAACUAAUAAUGGAGUUCCCCCUGCGAACAAAAGUAGCGGCCUUAAAACCCGAACGGAUUUUGGGGAAAUAUUAUCCUCAGAGAAAGGAGCUGGAGAAGAUUUUUUUUUUUAUAUUUAUUAUACCUACCCUCCUCCUCAUGAUCUUGUCUUUUCUUCAAUCAAAUUCUCCCUCUUCAACUAUAUCUUCCUGCACAGACAGCUGCAGACCGCUAACUAUAUUAUCUCCUACACCUACAUAUAUUAGCAUCAACCCGCCCUCGAACUCCUCAUCCUCACUCUAUAUUAUCUCUAUUAUACUAUUGUUAUUAUUAUUAUCAUCUUCCUUUUAUUGUCUGAUCGGCUGUUGAACCGGUUUGACAAUUAAUUUGUUGAUAAUACUAAAAUACCAUAUAGCAGCACCGCAACCACCGCACCUCCCCGCACUGCACUGCUUGAUCUCUCCCUCCUCCAUCCAGGUCACACACACAUAACUACACACUACUUAACUACUUAACUAGUUAACUACCGCUUCCCUUCCCUUCCCUUCCCUAGUUAUAUCUGCUGCUUAUCCUCCCAACCCAACCCAACCACACCGCCUCUUCUAUUCCUCACAAUCCCAACCACUUUUUCUUCCACACAAACAAACGUCUUUCCUCCCUCUUCUCCUCGAACUUCAUCCCUUCUCGAAGAGGUCUUCUAUUCGCAGCCUCUCUUCUUUAUUUUGUCCUCAUAACGACCUUUUACGACUUUUAACGACCCUGUUUUAUUAACGCCGUGCUACUACUAUUGUUUCUACCCCUCCUCCCCACUCUAUUAUUCUCCCCAUCUCUCUUCAUAUACAUCCACCUCCACAACCAUGACGAGAUAUCAGGCUUCGUCGACAUUCGAGUUCUAUCACCAGUCACCCGCUCUCGAUGCGAAACCUGUAUUUUCCGGGGACGAUGAGAUGAGCGUCCUGGAUGAUAAAAUUCUCGAAUCCUCCACUUCAGAUAUCCCCUCCAUGAACGACCCAAGACGGUCGUCCUUCGAUCACACUUCAGAGGACUUCUCCCGAAGAAAUUCAGUCUGGUCAGAAUCCCAAUCGCGGCAUGCCUCUCAAAUGUCUACUCCCCUCUUUGAGCCCGUAAACCCCUUUGCCCGAGUAGACACCUCACACCCAACCAGCUACGGCCAGCAACAACCAUGGCCUCUCUCUGCCGAUUCUGGUUCAUGUACGCCCACCCCAAUCUACGAACAAUUCCCCCAGGACUACGAUGGGAACUCCACCAACCCUUUUGCUGGUGGCGCAGUUGGUCCUAUUAACCCCAUGUCCUUCUCCCAUAUGCAAUAUCGACCUGGGUCGACUUUCCCCGGCUCUUCUGCCACCCCAAUGUCUCCCCAGUCCAGUCAGGGCUGGGUAUCAGGGACGUCAGAGGCUACCGAGGCACGCUCAAAACCUAGUCGGAAUAGCACAUACCGGAAUGGAUCUCCGCUGCAUUUGCGGAGAGACGGCAUCCGGAAGAAGAACGCUCGUUUUGACAUUCCCGCUGAGAGAACUCUCAGCAACAUUGAUCUGUUGAUUAGUCAAUGUACCGAUGAGGAUGAGAUCAAAGAGUUGAAACAGCAAAAACGUCUGCUGAGAAACCGACAGGCAGCACUUGACUCCCGCCAACGGAAAAAGGUGCAUACUGAACAGCUCGAGGAAGACAAGAAACGGUCUUCCACUCUUAUCAACGAACUCGAAGAAGCUCUUCGGGAGAUGAAACUCCGGGAGCAAGAGUACCAUCGGGAAAAAGCGGAACUGUUCGAGCGUGAGCAGCAGUUGCGCACAUAUAUUAACCAGCUCCACAUGGAGAAGGAAGAGAUGAUUCGGUCCCACACACUUGAAACUGGUGAACUUCGCAAGAAAAACGCAAUUCUUCGAGAACAUCUGGAGAAAGUGGAGCUUGGUGCCCAGCCGGCUCCGAACUCGGCAUUCCGGAACGAAUUCUCUGAUUACGAGAACAUCACAAUGGAGAAUGCUCCUUGGGAUGACUUCUCGAUGGUGAACGAGUUCUCUCUUAACACCGAAAACCAUGGUCUCAUUCGCACGCCUACCCCUGUGCCUGACAACACUGUGCUUGUGACUUCCAAAAAGUCCGAGAAAUCCUUGGACAAGCCCCCAGGCCAUACCGAUUCCUCUCCUUUCAGCUGGAACACAUUUUAUAUGUGUUUACUUUUUGGUGCUUUUAUUGCAUCAAACAACAGCUCCAUCUCACCCGCUCUUCCAGCCCUCUCCGAGGAGUACCGUGCGGAAUCGGCAAACGUCUUGAGAGCUGUCCUCGCAUCUGCUGAUUCGUCCGAUGCCGCUAAUGCCCUCAACCCCGGGGCCCUUCCUGGCACAUCCUCCUCCAUCACUGCCAACCUUCCCACCACCAUUACUGGGGCGGAAAUGGCACAGAUUACUGGCGGAGGGCCCUCUACAUCAAAUCUUGACGACUUGCAUCGCAACCUUGUCGCCCCUACUAAGCAACAAGAGGAGGAACAAGUAUUCUCUCUCACCACAGAGAGGUAUAGGUCACUCACCACCUUGGAAGACGACGGAGGGGACUUCAAACCUCCUCCAUCGAAUUUCCAGCAAGCCUAUGCAAAUAUGCGCAAUGCUGGCAUGCAGCAUACGAAAAACGUUCCGGACAUCUAUUCACGGUCCCUAUUGUGGGACAGGGUGCCAGAAAAGGUGGUUCAAGAUUUUAGGAGGAUGGUGAAGGAAUGCAGCGCUUCCACCCCUAUCAAGGAUGAACAGGCCGGAGCCGUUUGCCAGUCAUAAUAUCUUAAGGUACAAGACCUUGCAUUCAUUCCUUGCUGUGUCUCUUUCCCAUGACGAAUAGCAACGGACUUACCGUACGAUGCCUUGAAGCAUCCUACUCCGCUUGACGCGACCCGAAACAAUUUCAUUUGUUUUGACGGAUUUCUGCCACUCUAAGUUCGACAUGCAUGUGUUUUUACCAUCUAGCGGGUUCAUGAACAGCAUUUUGCAAGCAGGCCUUAUGUUUGAUUUUGAUUUUUUGGUUGUUUUUUGUAUCUAUCCUCUCCGGUGAUUUUCUCUGAGCAAAACGGCCAAAAUGGGUUGGGAAAGCGCGCAUAUUUCGAAACAAAUUUUCUCUUUCAAUCUCUUCUUCUCUGAAACGACACCUACAGCACUAGAUGCGACCGCAAGGCGAAAAUUCAGGGGCGACUCAUUUUCAGUUUUUUGCUUGCCUGAUUUACCUCCACGUGGGCGACCAUAACGAAACCAAACUAAACUACAGACGACAUACCGUUCACACGGGCGGCAACAGACGACGAACGAACGCGGCACUUCUGCAUAUUUCCUAUGUACGCCCUGCAUGUUACAAUCCAACUAUAUACACUGCACCUUGCAAUCUCCUUUGUCCCAAUCGCACUUUCUUCUUAUUUUGCGUCUUUGCAAAGACGUGUCCGUCCAACACGGCAGAAUAUUCCUUCAACCCAGAAAAAACAACAGCAUGCACCAGGCCAACCUACCACAAGAAGAUUUGCUCUCUUUACAAUACUCAACGGCGCUUGACCAGCAACUCCCUUUCCUUUGUGGACUCUUAUUUGAAUUUUUCUAUAUAUGCACACUGUACAACUUUUGGUUUUACUCCGUCGCUGGCAACGGCGAGAAAGAACGCUCUCCCUUCGUUGGCUUCAACCCCUGACCAACUGGAUCCCACGGAUAGGGUAGAUCAGCGAGUGGAUUGCGCGCGGGCUUGUGAUUUUGGGCCGUCCUUCGAAAUUUUGUGUUGCGUGUACCCCGUAUUUAGCGUCUUGUUUUGCGAUUUUCUUUUCUGGGAGACACUUCCAAGCAUUUUUUGGCUCCUUGUUAUUUGAUAAUUUGUUUUGUAAUAUGUUUAGCUCUCUAACCGCUUCUUGUUUUCCAUUUUUCUUGAUUAUGUGUGUUUCUAUUUUUGUUACGUUGCUUAUUUGCCUUGCUUUUGUUGAUAGCUCUUUUGCGUUCUCAAAUAUUUCUAGCGAUUGCGCAUGGUUCCCCGUCUCUCCUCUCCCCUUUCUGCCCUGGGUUUUUCAUGACCCAAUCCUGUCCCAACCUUGCUCUAUGUGCUCGUGGAAAUGAGUACUUGCGGGCCAUUUUCUGUUGAUUUGCCUUCCUGUUUAAUUCUGACGUGCUUAUGAUUAUGAUUUCUAUGACAAUGGCCAUUUCUUUUAGGGCCUAGGCGAAGUGAAGCAAGUGGGAACUCCAUCUCCCACGCGAACGCUUAUCACUAUGCUCUCCUUUUGUUUUUAUUCACCCUUUGUUAAUUUUCAAAGUUUGCACUCUCUCCGCUCAUUUGACCGGAUCCAGCCGAGCCAAUCAUUUGUUGAUGAUCUACGCAUAUUAUCAUUCUGGGCUACUUGAGAGCUCCUACCAGAAACAACUUACCUUCUUUGGAUAUAUUUUUUUAAAGAUUUCUUCUAAUUAUAAUCAAAUCAUGGAAUUGAUUUCAUUUGCAUUUCUGGGACAAUAUAAUUUCAUAUAACUAUCAAAU